AUGGAGACCGGAGGAGUGAUCAUAAAGAACGAUGUGUAUAUGCAUAGAAGAUAUUGGGCAAUAACAUUGCUUUUGUCCAUAGCUGUUAUGGUAAUAUCUCUAGUCAUAUUUUGCCUGACUGGAAAACCAAACAAUAUGGAAGACUCAAUAGCAUUUGGAGUAAUAGUCACUGCCAGGGUUACUAUAGCACUAUAUACAUCACUCGGAGCGAUGGUUAUGUAUUUUGAUCCUCCUCUUCCUCCUAAAGACUCACCUCCAAAGAUUAGUCCGGACCAGAGAGCGGCUUAUGAGGUGUUAUGUGUCGUGUUACUUUGCGUUGUAACGCUCAUGUUAGGAAAAAUGGUGGAAGUUUUCUUCUUUACUAUGUCCUUCAUCAUUGCCUCGAUUGCACUUCACCAACUUUUUCAUCCGACGAUUGAUGACCAUGACGAUGACUUUGACAUGAUGGUGAACCAUUUGAGUUUCAUCAUUAGCUUAGGGAUAGUAACGGGAUUAGUCUGUUUAAUUCCCAAUUUGUUCGUCUUCCUUGGAUGGUUCUCUAUAUUUGUCUUGACCUACGUUUAUAUUUUAAGAUUUAAUUUCCCUGACAAGACCAUUGUUGAAGUGCUUGCCAUGGUAUCUGAGUUUUUAGAUCUUAAAUAA